AUGUCGCCGUCGGCGGUCACCAAGGGCCCCUUGGCCCCGACAACCGAAGCCAAGGCCAAGGCACCGGCGGCCGUCCAUCCGAUCCCCGUGCUCGACACUCCCUUGGCCAAGGGCUUGUCCUUUGCACGACCAGCGCUUCUCCUCGGCCUGCUCGCCGCGCGAUUCGACGCCCUCGUCUCAGACCCCGUGUCUACGCUGUGGUCUGCGCUGCCGGUCGUCGCUGUUAUUCAGGCAGUGUACGCGGUCCUGUGUCUUCCUGGUGCGGGCUCGCAGCUUGCGAAGGCGGCGAGGAAGCCCCGUCCGGGAGAAAGGAAGAAGAAUGACAUGACGGGCCCCGAUCCGAUUUCAACGGCCUUGCUAUCGCUGGUGCUCACGUCGAUUGCGACACCCGCCGUCUACGCCCUAUUCGUGCUCUUCGGCGCGCCGCUGCUCGACCACGUGCCGCACACGAUUCUCUGCUCGGCGCACUUUGCGCUGUUGGGCCUGUUCCCCGUCUUCUACGCGCGCGGGGUCAACGGCGAGGCGCUGGUUGCCGUAUCGGGGGCGUCGGCGCCGCUGGACGAGACGUUUGGGGGCCUCGCGGGCGCCGUGGUGGGCGCGUGGCUGGGCGCGGUGCCGAUCCCGCUCGACUGGGACCGCGAGUGGCAGAGGUGGCCGGUGACGAUUGUCGUCGGCCUGUACGGGGGCUCGCUCCUGGGCGGCUGGGCUUCGGGAGCUUUGCUGUACGGGAGGAGCUUGAGGGGAAGGGCCUGA